UACAGCCUCUUCUUUCAAGCCAAUAUAAGGUAUGAGAAAAUCAGACUUCUGUAUGCAGAUUGUAUGAAUACAGAAACUUAUAUUGGAUCCAAGAGUGAAUAAUCCAUGUUUUGUGUCUUAAACCAUUAAGCACUCCAAGCUCUUGAGAUGGUUACUAUAGAUGGGACAGUGUGGAAAUAGAAGUGCAGCCUCACUUUCUCCUGUAUCUUUCUAGGAUAAGCAUUUCUGUAUUUUAGCUUCAUUAACUAAUGAACAAAUUAUAUACUGUGGACUGUAUGUUUAGAAAAAUUAAUCCUCUCUAAAACAUGCUUAAGAUCAGUUUCCAAACUACACCAUGAAUCCAGGUAUCUGAUUUCUUACUCCAAUAUAGUAACUACUAAUAGCCUAUACUAAUACUAAUAAACUCAAAUCUGUCUUCCUGGCUGUGGGUUUGAUGCAAAAGGGAAAUGGGGAAACUGAAUGCAUAGUGAAUUCAAGAUGUGUUUGGGGUAUGAAAAUAACUGAAGGAGGCUGUGUAGGGUCUGAUUUUGAACAGUUGGGAUGGAUUUCUGCCUGACACAACAACAGUGACUAGUUGGGAGAAUGAAUAUGGGAAAGUGGAGGGAUUGGAGCUGGCCGUAUCAUUAGGUAAAAUGAGAGCUGUUGGAUGGUGUGGAGCAAAGAGGAUUACAGUUAUGAUUGCCACAUGGAAUGUACAAACUUCUGUUAUCCUCAGUUGUGGAGGCCAUUAUCAACUUUAAAGUAAAAUUCAGCUGCUAACCUCAUCAGUUACUACUAAAUAUAUAGAAUGGAGGGGCAGCCAUUUUGUUCUUCACCUCAGGCCUCUCCAAGGAAUAAGUGAUGUAUGUAUGCUGCAAGGAUUCCACUAUGUUUUAACAGCACUAUCUGUGUUUAAAUAAUAUGCUAAGCCACAGUUUGCUUACACAUGGUUUAUGGCAUAAACUACAACUGUUGAGUCUGCAAAAUGCAUUAACCUGUAGACUAUGGUUUUAAAUGCCACACUGGCUGAGUUUGGACAUCAUGCUGAGGCACAAAUGUACUAUGUUUUCGCUUAGCAUAUGUAGACCAAACUAGUGUAUAUUUGUAAAUUCGUUCUUACUUUGACCAAUUUUUAAAAUUCUGUGUGAUACAUAACAGUCUUGCCAUGUAUGCUCUGUGCAGUCCAUUUAUUUCCACUGAUGAUAAAUUUUCUGUUACAGAGGAAAAAUUUAUUCCUUCUCAGAAUUGGAGAGAUCUACGGAGGUACUCAUAUUUCUAGAAGUUAAACUUCUCCUUCUGGAAUUGCUUGUGACCUAUUUUGGACACAAUGGAUUUUGUAAUAGUGUGCUCUAAGGCUGCUCUCUGGCAAGGCAGAAAAAUACAGCAGAGCUGGCCUCUGCAACGGGAGAGGCUGGACUUCCCAACUCUCUGUGCUGAAUGGCUACUAUGGCGCCCGCUCUCACUGACGCAGCAACUGAAGCUCACCACAUCCGGUUCAAACUGGCUCCCCCAUCCUCCUCCCUGUCUCCUGGCAGUGCCGAGAAAAACGGCAACGCCAAUAACAUCCUUGUUGCCACUAACGGCACCAAAAGGAAAGCUGAGGAUUCUAGUCUAGAUUUCCGAAAUAAUUCUACAAAAGAAGAGCUGGGAAAGCUGCAGCCCUUGGUAGCAUCUUAUCUCUGUUCAGAUGUAACAUCUGUUCCUCCAAAGGAGUCCUUGAAACUGCAAGGGGUUUUCAACAAACAGACAGUCCUUAAAUCUCAUUCUCUGUUGACUCAUCCUUUCUUGAAAACUAGUGACCUGUUGGGAAGGCCACCAGUGUUGGAGAUUUCCUUGGAAAACCUAAAAACCAUGAGUACAAGUAAUCAAACACCUUUGCCACAAACACCUGUCAAUGGCUUGGCUAAAAAAUUAGCUAAGACCAACAGCUCUGACCAUGAAAGCUCUGUUUCACUUAAUGGUGGGAAGAGUGCACCUUCUUCUGCGACCCUCCAGGAUGUUGAUUCAAAUAGACCUGGAGGUUCUGAUUUGGAGGAUCUGAAGUCUGGUUUGAGCAAUUUCACGCUACCACAUAAAAGCCCAGAUGCAGAGCAUGAUGCCCCACUUAGCAAUAAUGGCAUGGCAAAUAAACAUGACCACAGUUCCCCAGAGCAGCAGAGUGGACUUGAAGCGGGUGGAGAGAACAGGUUGCUUUUGUUAUCUGGAAUGCCUGUUUGUUCCGAGCUUGGAAGCAGUAAGCCAGAGGAACAGAAGAUCUCUCUGCCAAACAGUUCCUUUAGCACUCUAGAUUCAGAUAUGAGGACAAAGGUGCUGUUGCGGAGGCAGGCAGACAUUGAGAAUCGUGCUCGCAGGCUGCAAAAGCGGCUGCAAGUGGUGCAGGCCAAGCAGGUAGAGCGGCACAUUCAGCAACAGCUUGGUGGAUUUUUAGAGAAAACUCUAAGCAAGUUGCCUGCUUUGGACUCCUUGAGACACCGGAGUCAGCUAAUGCUGACCCGCAAGGCAGAAGCAGCUCUGAGAAAAGCUGCAAAUGAGACAAGUACCUCAGAAGGACUGAGCAGCUUCCUAAAAAGUGACUCUAUCUCAGAAGAACUAGAGAGGUUUACUGCCAGUGGGAUGGCUAACCUGCGGUCUUGUGAGCAGGCGUUUGAUUCUGAUGUCACAGACAGCAGCUCUGGUGGAGAGUCUGAUAUUGAAGAAGAGGAACUGACCAAAGCAGACACUGAACAGCACCAUGUACCCCUGAGGCGACGAUCAGAAUGGCGGUGGGCAGCAGACAGAGCUGCUAUUGUCAGUCGCUGGAACUGGCUUCAAGCUCACGUCUCAGAUUUAGAGUACCGAAUCCGACAGCAAACAGAUAUAUACAAGCAAAUUCGAGCCAACAAGGGACUGGUAUUGCUUGGUGAGAUGCCUCCUUCUGACCCUGUAUUAGGUGAUUCAACCCAUAGUCUUAGUGUCGACCUCAAGCUAGAGCCUGGAAUUGACAGACUGGGCACCUGCAUCUCCCAGCCAUCAGAGAACCUUUGUAUAUCCAUUAGUAAUACCCAAGAGUCUCUACCUGCCAAAACCUGUGGAGUGCCGAGGCCGGUCAAUGGAGUUAUUAACACUCUACAGCCAGGUUUGACAGAGCAUGCUCAGGGAGACAGCUCAGAUACUGAGGAACUGUUGCGGAAAAAGCAGAGAUUAAACAUGGUGUCUUCAGCUCCUGAUGGAACCUGUGUGGCAGCCCGCACGCGCCCUGUCCUCAGCUGCAAGAAACGGCGGCUUGUUCGACCCAGCAGUCUGGUUCCGCUAUCCAAAAAGGUUCAUCGUAACAACAUGGGACGGUGUGGUUGUGACGUGAACCCCUUGUGUGCUCUCUGUGGCACUCGAAGCUCAAUGCCUCCAGAAAUCCAGUAUGAAGCCCCUUUGAUGGAGCGUCUCUCACAGUUGGAUUCCUGCAUCCACCCUGUACUUUCAUUCCCAGAUGAUGUACCAGUGAGCUUGCACCUUCAGAGCAUGUUGAAAUCCCAAAUGCAGAACAAGCCCUGUGAGAAAAUCAAACCUCCCAAAAAGCUCACAUUGAAGCACCGACCCACCGUGCCUCCCAGCAGUUUGUCUGACUCAGUGCGCAAAGACCGUCACAAGCUGGUUAAUACCUUUUUAGCUGCAGCCACUUGCUCACAUCACAAAAUCGAGCCAGACAAGGCACACAGGCAGCCCUUAAACGAUGUGAGGGCUGCCCCCAAGGCCGAGAGAGCGCCAGAGCGCUCACUUAUCCUGACGGCAGUUCAUGAGAGAAAGCGAUUGCGGGACAGCUCCUCCGAGAGAAGUGAAGUGUUGAAGCAUCAUGCAGAGAUUGGAGGCCCAAGUUAUUUGUCAAGCACUAUGGCCUCCACGGCUCACAGUCCCCUCAUGCGACAACUCUCCACCUCCUCUGAAAACUCCAUCCCUCCUGUCACCACAAGCUCCCUGGGCAGCUCCAGUGCAGCUCAGCAGCCAAGGAGGAGAAGAGGGGAAAGCUCUUUUGACAUUAACAACAUUGUCAUACCAAUGUCUGUUGCUGCAACGACCAGGGUAGAAAAACUUCAAUACAAAGAAAUUCUUACACCAAGCUGGCGUGUUGUGGAUGCUGGUGCUCUGAAGGUGAAUCCAGAUGAAGACAGUGAAGAGAUAGAGGAUAUGUCCGAUGCAGCCUUUGCCACUCUCCAUGCUAAGUGUGAGGAGAUGGAGCGGGCCAGGUGGCUGUGGAGCACAAGUAUGCCACCUCAGCGGCGAGGUAGCAGGUCUUACAGGUCUACGGAUGGACGGACAACCCCACAAUUGGGGAACCCAUCUACCCCACAGCCAGCCUCACCUGAUGUUGGAAACUGCUAUCUGCAUUCUGAUUUCUCCCAUACACAUUCUCCACGCAGCCCCAUCAGUCCUGACCUGUUCUCUGGUCCUCAUACCCCUUUGUCCCGAGACUCCAUGCGGCAUCUGUCCACGGAGGACACGCGUUGUUCUACACCAGACUCUGGCCUUGAUGAGCAGACUGUACAGCCCUGGGAACGACGCAGUUUCCCGCUGUCCUACAAUCCCAAGACAGAGUGCGAGGACCAGUCAGACCCACAGGACCGGUCAUCACGUUGCACGCGGCGCACAUCUGGCAGCAAGCCUUCCCGAGAAGCAGACGCUGCCCCCACCUCACCUUCCCUUGCUUGCCUCAAGAGCCGGAAUUCGGGGGCCACGGCCACUGUUCAGCGGCCAGCCCAUAGAUAAGAGACGGACAGGAAAACGGAGCAAAAAGAAAAAAAACAAUCCACCAAAUUAACUCUUGGCAUUAAAGUUUCUGAAAUCUGCGUUUGAUAUUCAAACAUCCUGCUGGGAAUUUUCACAGUUUUUAGUGAAUUUAAGGAAUUUAGAAACUGUUUUCUUUCUUCCCCCCUUCUCCCCCCCCCUUUUCUC